AUGUCUACGAACGAAUCCACUCAGCCACCCCGUCCUCAGCGCAAACCCUCCAUCGAUCCACAGACGGCCGACAGGCUCGAGAGGUACUUGAACCAAAGGCCCGACAAACACGAUCUGAUAGAUCGCAACAUCCUUAAGGAGGACAACGUGGCACCCUCUCUCCAAGCUGCUAAGGAGAAGCUCCAGCGAUCUCAGCUCGAGGAUAAACUCGAGCAUGCGCUCCAGCAACGCCCGAAGCCCGAGGAGUUAGUCAAGGGUGGCAUCCUUCUUGACAACGAGGCCCCUCCCUCUUGA